AUGGCUUUGAACUUCGGACAACACUACGCUAUCCUCAACCUAGACUGGAUGUCUAUCCUUAUAGACGCCGCCAAGGACACAGUUGAAGGCCAAGCAUUGAUCACAAAUUGCUCUCGAUGGAACGACGCAAUUCACCAAAAAACUCCUCGCCCCCUAACGAUUUUCACCACCCUCUCCUUCAGCCCUGGACAGCCAGAAGUGGAGAGCGACAAGCCAUUCGCCAAAAUGAUUGCACCAUUCGGUACCUUCGAACAAGGCUCUCCAGAGGUUCAGAUCUAUCCCCAGUUUACGAUCGAUGAGAAGGAUAUCGUACUUCAAAAGACGAGGUGGUCUGCCACAUCUGGGAACAGCUUGGAGCAGAUCUUGAGAGCGCAGAGUAUUGAUACCGUUGUUAUUUCGGGGCUGAGUCUCUCCGGAGUGGUGAUGAGCACCAUCUAUCGUUUGUUCGAUUUGGACCUUAACAUUUAUGUCAUCGCGGGCAACGUACUGGAAUUGCCGGUGGACCAGAAUGCGGAUUUCUCCAAGGUUAUGCUGGAUACCCUCCUGCCCAAGAUGGGUCUUCAAGUCAUAUCUCUCGACGAGGCCCUUCAGGCAAUCUGA